CCUAGGUGGUAGCGGUCCAAGCCCAUAUACAAUAACCCCGAAGCCCAGCUAGAAGGACUGGGCCGCGUCGCUGUCUUCCUCACCCUUUGACCACAACCCAACCCCCAAACCAAUUCAACGGAAUAACAAUUCUUUCCUCACUGCCAGCCCACUACCUAAACUAAAAUAACUCCAUCCGUGUUUGACCAACGCCAGCCAAUAGGAACAAAGUCAAAGUCAACACAUUCCCAACCCACCAAGAAUAUAUAUAAGAAACCCCGCCAACAAUCUCAAGCAUCGAAAAGAAAACAGGGCAAAAAGAAGAUUGGAGUUUUAGAUCAAUAUUAAUGUCAUCAAACCAUCUCAGAGCCAAGAUGAGCUGCGGGGCUACGAGUGGCCGGAUCGGUAACAGUCCCGGAGACGGCGUCGUUCGUGGAAGUAGAGGAGGAGGAGCACCGUCGCCGAGGGUGAUGAGGACGUCGGCGAGAACCGCCGGCGGCGGUGGGCGGAAUCGUCACGCCAUGCCUCCGAGCAGCAGUCAUGAGAAGUUGAGGAGGCAUCCGGCGGCGGGGAGUCGGGAGGUGUUGAGGAGGGCCUUGAUGCCGGCUAGCCGGCGGCCCAGCCUCCGGCGGUGGAAUAAUUUCCGGCCGACUCCUAGUCGCCUUUGUAACAUGUCCAUGGCCGCGUAAUCAAUGUAAACUUAAUUGAUAUAAAUUCUCUGUAUCAUC